AGCUGAGAAAUCCCAAUUUCGAGGCUGGCCCUGGGAGCCAAGCAACCUCUGCCUGCCCUGCGCCUCUCCCCUCCCCGGCUCUGCUCCAUCCCCCAAAAGAAACUUUUCCUCCCCCUCCUGCGCCGCGGAGCGCGGCGGACGCGGGUGCCGCCGCGCCCCUCUCCGAUGUCCCAGGCCAGCAGCCACCGGCCGAGCCGCCCGGAGCCCCGCCGAGCAGAGCCGGUGCCGCCGCCAGAGGCGGGUGAGACUUCGCGCCCUUCGCCGAGGCAGACGCCAGCGGCACCGUCGGCAGAGCCCCGGCCGCCUGCCCGCCCCCCUGCCAGCCCCGCAGCACCAAAGAAGGAGAAACCCCUGGAAGAUGACGAGUCCCGAAAAGUCGUGACGAAGGGCCCCCGGGCCGAGCUCGCAGGUGCUCCCGAAGCUGUGACAUGCCAGCCCCAGGUGCGAGGAGCCCCGCAGCCCCCCAGCCCCUGCACCCACCUGCUGCAGAACGGCGCUGGGCGGGGGCCGGAUCCAGGCGGUGCCAAUGGGGAGACGGUAAACGGGGUCUUCCGCCCCCUCCCCAGCGCGCAGAAGCCCCACCGAAAGCUGCAGUCCCACCACUCCAUCAACAGCCAGAGCAGCAAGAAGAGCAAGGGCAGCUCCAAGUCAGCCUCUUCCCACAUCCCUAUUGAGGCACAAGAAGAUUGCUGCGUCCACUGCAUCCUCUCCUGCCUCUUCUGCGAGUUCCUGACCCUCUGCAACAUCGUGCUGGACUGUGCCACCUGCGGCUCCUGCACGUCCGAGGACUCCUGCAUCUGCUGCUGCUGCUGCAACUCGGGCGAGUGCGCGGACUGCGACCUGCCCUGCGACAUGGACUGCGGCAUCAUCGACGCCUGCUGCGAGUCGGCUGACUGCCUGGAGAUCUGCAUGGAGUGCUGCGGGCUCUGCUUUUCCUCCUGAGGGGCUGCAUUCGGCAGGGGGGACCAGGAGUGGGUCCCCCCCAGCCCCUCCUGCAGUGGCCAAGGGUCCAGCCUGUCCCUGAGCCGGCAGUGGGGACACCCAGCUGUGAAAUGCCGAAAGACAGAGCCCAGCGAAGGAUUUGCCCCCCAUUGCAAAUGUCAUCCUUGGGGCUGGUGAGCCAGGCUCAGAUCCUGCCUGGGGAAGGGUGAAUCUGUAGGGCCACAGGGUACCCGGGGGACAGCUGGCAUCCCGUCAUGCUCUACCUCUUCCCCGUGCCGGGCCGGUUUGCCAAGGAUCGCGGGAGCCUCCUGCCACCUGAGCCGAGAGCAGGAGCGCCCACCCCGUGACCCGCAGGUGCCACCCCGGGGUCCCUGCAUUGGGGAUGGCCACUGCGACCACCAAGGCUGCCCCAGGACAGUGCUCUGGUUUACACAGGGGUGGCACAGAGCAUCAUCCCGCCCCAGGACGCCUCCAAGAGAGCAAGGCACAGGACAGAGCCUUGCUCCCCGCUGGGAGCCCACCGGGCACCAGGAGGUGCCGAAGCCUUUAGCCAGGCUGCGGGGUCCCGUGCUGUGGGACGCAUCCUGCCAGCCCCUGCUCCUCCUCGGUGCUGAGAUCGGCAGCCAAGUGCAAUACACACAGCCCGCUGCCCUCCCUGCCGUGCUGGCUGGGAAGAAGCUUAUCCUUCACUGGUGCCCGCAGCGGGGUUGCAGCCGGGGGCCAAGGCAGCCAUCCCGGCUGGGGAGAGCCCGGAGCUGCACCAAGCUGUUACCGACCCUGCGUGCAUCCCGGGGGGGGCAAUGGGGCAAGGUGGUUUGGGUGGUGCCAAAUGACCCCCAGCGGUUGUUGGCUCCAUCCCACCACCCAGGGGACAGGGCUUGUGGCUGGGUGGGGGUGGAAAAUGCCCUGUUGAAGGGCUGGGGAGAAGGGGAGGGAAGUGUCAUGGUGUUUUAUUUUUUUGUCCCUUUCGUUUGUUACUGUAAAUAAAGGUCUUUCUUCAUUUCUGA